ACAACCCAGUUCUCGGCACAUCUCACUCGAUUUGAACAUCGCACUACCCAUACUCCACCUCCAAAAUCGCCUACCAAGAUUCUUUUCAUUGUCACGUUUCACUGAUGAGUCCGUCAGCCAUGCACUCCAUUCCCCCCAGUUUGAACACGGGGCCGCUUCCCAGUCGACCUCGGCUGCACACGGUCAGAGGGUGCAGCAACGUCUAUAUCAAAAAGGGUACGGACCAAACCAUUUUGGAUUUUUUCGAUCAGAUCUUUGGUGCCAAAUUCAUUAUUGUGGAUCACACCGCCAAUGAGAACAUAUUCAGGGUCCGUUACCUUGUCGUUGAGAGUCAAGAAUAUCCUGAACAAUAUCAUUUUCUCAAUGGAAGAGACCUCGGUUGGGCCGUGCAGUAUCAACACGACAGCAAGGCCAUUCGCGGGCGGCUUGAUGCCUUAUUCAAGCAUGUUUGCACGCGCGAUAGCACCGCUCAUGACCUGGAGUGUCGAGUAUCCGUCUUUCUGAUUAAAUACUUUGCGCGGAUGUUGAAGGGCUUAGUGGAGUCGGGGAACCAACGCGAUUCAGCCACGGUCACGAAUCUCUACCGCUGGGUCCACAGUCUGAAUAGAGUUGCCAGGGAGGUCUUCCCACGUCAUCAGAGAUGCGGCUUCCGAGACCAUAGGGACCUUGUCUGUAAAGCGCACGACAGGCUCAUGGCUGUUAUCCUAGGGUGUCGCAUCACCCAUAAUCAAGCCCCCAAUAGGCUGCCGGCCCUGUGUGUAUACGAAGACUCUGACUACUUCCAUAAGCAGGGAGGCCUUCUACAUUGACUAGAACGGAUUGGGUGUUCUUCGCCAACAUGGCAGGUGAUCUUUCAACGCCUCGUCACGUAUCUCUCUGAGACUAUCACCUCGAAGGCUCAGGUAUGUUCAAUAAACUUUGGUUUCCGGUGUUCAAUAUUCUUUUCCUGAAAAAUGAAC